AUUCUUCCCCUUCACUCUCUCUUUUUCUUCUUCAGCUCAUCUUUGUUUUUUUUUCUUUUUUUUUGUUCGCCUCUGAUUCUACAGCUGUACUCUCGACAGGCGACUCAAGCAUCCUAGGACCGGACUAUCAACCCACGUACAAUUUCACACCUCGACGACGACUUUGUUCGUAACCAACAGCACCAGAUUCAACACAGAUAUAACACCGAACAACAAAGUCAUCAUGUCUGAAAAAGUCGCGCUCAUCGGAUCAGGCAACUGGGGUUCAGCAGUAGCGAAAAUCAUCGGAGGCAAUGUCCACAAUUUCGAACAUUUUGACAAAGAGGUCAAGAUGUGGGUGUUUGAGGAACAAGUCGAUGGACAGAACUUGACCGACAUCAUCAAUACCAAGCACGAAAACGUCAAAUACUUGCCUGGAAUCAAAUUGCCCGAGAAUGUUGUAGCUUGCCCGGAUCUGGUUCAGACGUGCUCAGACGCCACAAUGAUUGUCUUUGUUGUUCCUCAUCAGUUUGUUGCCGGUGUCUGCAAACAACUGAAGGGCAAGAUCCCAGCCAACUGCAAAGCAAUCUCGUUGAUCAAGGGUAUCGAUUACAACGACGGAGGAUUCCGACUGAUCUCGGAUAUGAUCCAGGAUGCCCUCGGAAUCCGGUCCUGUGUCUUGAGUGGAGCCAACAUUGCAAGCGAGGUCGCAGAGGGACGAUUCUGUGAGACGACGAUCGGCUAUAGAAACAGGAAUGAUGGCGAGUUGUUCAGGGAUAUUUUUCACACGCCGUAUUUCCGAGUUAAUAUUGUUGAGGAUGUGAUUGGGGUCGAGUUGUGUGGUGCACUCAAGAACAUCAUUGCAAUCGGAGGUGGACUGGUCGAUGGACUCAAGCUGGGCGACAAUACAAAGGCAGCGAUCAUCCGUAUCGGAUUGGCCGAGAUGCGCAAAUUUGCGCAGAUGUUCUACAAGGAUGUCAGGGACGCGACGUUUUUCGAGUCGUGCGGUGUUGCGGAUCUGAUCACGACGUGUGCCGGCGGCCGUAACCGCAAGGUGGCCGAGGCACAUGUGACAACCGGCAAGUCGUUCGACCAGCUGGAGCAGGAGAUGUUGAACGGACAGAAGCUGCAGGGUACAUCGACUGCGAAGGAUAUGUACAAGAUCUUGUCAAAGAAGGGGCUGUGCCAUGAGUUCCCGUUGAUGACGACGAUCUACAGAAUUUGCUAUGAGGACCUGCCGCCGAUCAAGCUCGUUGAGGAUAUCUAGGAUGAGCGUGUUGCAGGGUUGCAUGCGGAAGAAUGGGCAAAGAAGAAGUAUAGGUGAGGCGCCUUUUCCAGAUAAACUAGCACGUUACACAUUCGCAAUGGAUUGCAGCAGAAAAUCUGUUUUUACCGCCCCGUCCGGACAUAAAAUUGUUGUCACUUUCAGGUGCAAUGCAGUGGUGCGCUUAAAAUGACAAUGGUAGCCGUUCUUGGUGUAACUGGUGCACGGCAUCUUUCCGAGGUUCUGCCCCCCCUUCCCCCCUCCCCC